UCUCAGGAUUCUUCAAGGUUUCAACUUUCAAAAGAUGAACCCUUCCAAAACAAUAGGAAACAUUGUCGGAAACAAUCGAGAUUCAGACCACAACAUUAAAGAUUCCAAAUGCAUCCCGAUGUACGUGAAUGAGCUCUUUGCCGGCGGCGCGACCGGUGCCAUCGCGAAAACAUCGGUCGCUCCCCUCGAAAGGAUCAAGAUUCUUUUGCAAACUAGAACCGAAGGGUUCCAUGCAAUCGGAGUUUUCCCUGCGUUACAAAAGAUAAUGAAACACGAAGGUUUUCUAGGGUUAUACAAAGGAAAUGGCUUGAAUGUCAUCCGGGUAAUCCCAUAUUCAGGUUUCCAGUACUUGACGUACGAGACGUAUCGUGAUUGGUUCAUCGAUACCAUGCCAAGAUUAGGGUCAGGUCCCGUCGUCGAUCUCUUAUCCGGCUCUGCAGCCGGAGGAACCGCGGUUUUGUGCACGUAUCCCCUCGACCUAGCCCGGACCAAGCUCGCCUAUCAGGUAGAUGCAUACAAACAAAACCCUCUCUACGCGUCUAGAACUACGUAUUCGAGCACUAUACAAGACGUUCUCAAGAAUGCAUACAGACAAGGCGGAGUUCGUGGCAUAUACCGUGGCAUAGGCCCGACAAUGGUGGGAAUAUUACCUUACGCGGGUCUAAAAUUCUACAUGUACGAGGAACUAAAGAGGCGAGUUCCUAAAGAGCAUGAGUACGAUAUAGCCGUGAGGCUUUCCUGUGGAGCUCUUGCCGGUUUGUUUGCUCAGACUUGCACGUACCCUUUGGAUGUUAUCAGAAGACAAAUGCAGGUGGAGAUUCUGCAUUCGGGUAACUUGCGGUACAAGAAUUCCAUGGAAGGAUUGGUUUCUAUCAUCCGAGAACAAGGAUGGAGACAGCUCUACGCAGGUCUAAGCAUCAAUUUUCUCAAGGUGAUUCCUUCUACAGCACUCGGAUUUACGGCUUAUGAUAUGAUAAAGUCUUGGCUGCAAUCUCCUGCUGCAGAAGAAAAAAAUAUUUGUCUCUAAAAGUCUUUUUUUUUUCUUUCUAUUUUGUUGUAUUUAGAUGAACGAUUUUAUACGACUAGUCAUAAAAAUA